AUGUCAUUGCGCAGAAGAACCCUGCUCAAGGUCAUUGUCCUCGGCGAUAGUGGGGUUGGAAAAACCUCGUUGAUGAAUCAAUAUGUGCACAACAAGUUUAGUCAGCAAUAUAAGGCUACAAUUGGUGCUGAUUUUGUCACUAAAGAACUCCAAAUUGACGACAGACUCGUUACUCUACAAAUAUGGGACACUGCUGGACAAGAGAGAUUCCAGAGUCUUGGAGUUGCAUUUUAUAGAGGAGCUGAUUGCUGUGUUCUUGCCUAUGACGUGAAUGUCAUGAGGUCGUUUGAUUCCCUUGAUAACUGGCACGAGGAGUUUCUCAAACAGGCAAACCCUUCUGAUUCAAGGACAUUUCCAUUUAUACUGCUUGGAAACAAGAUUGAUAUCGAUGGUGGGAAUAGUAGAGUGGUUUCUGAGAAGAAAGCAAAGGACUGGUGUGCUUCAAAAGCGAAUAUUCCAUACUUUGAGACAUCUGCAAAAGAAGAUUACAAUGUUGAUGCCGCAUUCCUGUGUAUUGCAAAGACUGCCUUGGCCAAUGAGCAUGAACAGGACAUAUAUUUUCAAGGGAUUCCGGAGGCGGUUCAAGAAAAUGAGCAGAAGGGUGGUGGAUGUGCAUGCUGA